ACGUUUCCACCCACAAUGAAAACAAAACGUGCAACCGGCCAACGAAAUGCCGCCAAAGUCGAGCAGCAAGAAAAACCAGGUUACUUGGUACCACUGCGAGUCCUGCGGCGUCCACAUUCCCUCGAAAGCGAGAGAGAAUCACGAGGGCUUAUGCUCCGCCAUCAGCCGGGAUGAUGUUGGGCCCGAUUCCGAGGCGGAGUACGUUCGGAGUGGAGCAAUCUAUACGAGAAGUCUUCAGCAGCGGAACUUCGAGGUGGAGUCCCUGAAGGAUCUGCCCGCCAAGUAUGCCAAUAUGCUAGUCUUCGUCUCCGAGGGUGCGAUGCAAUUGGCACAGCUGCACAUUGGACAACAUGUGGUGCUAGAGGCUCCUUCGACGGCGGAGCAGCCGCUGGUGAGGAUUGUGUGGCCCACAUCGGAACAAUUCCUCACCACAGUAUUUGUGAGCGAAGGCGAUUUCAAACUCCAUUGCACGCAACUGCGAGGAAAGCUACUAAAGAUCUCUGCCUUGCACCCCAGUCGCCUCACUGCGGCUGCCAGCAUUUCCCUGAAGCACGUAAACAACACAGAGGCUUCCCUGAUGUCAGGACAACUAAAGGACGCCAUUGCCCUUCUCAAAAGAGACAUGGUCAAUAGGGUAUUCUGCAAGGACAGUCUGAUCCACAUGAAUUUCUUUAACAAAUCGCUGACUUUUCGCCUGGAGCGAUGGCAGAGCACAGUGGAAGAGGCUCUUGCUGGUCUAAGUCUAGACUCCAAAUCCUUGCAGUUCAUCCAGAUUACCAACGUUACUAAGGUCCAACUGAUAACUGAAAAUGCAAAUCAGCAGGAGGAGGAGCAAAAAAUAAGUCACAAGAUUACCAAAUCCCAAAUUGGGGGACUAGAUAAGCAAUUGCAACUGGUGGAGGAGAGUAUGGAGUACGCUUUGGGCUUCCGGACGUUGCCUGCCGGCCUUAGGGUUUCCCGCGGACUGCUUCUCUACGGCGCCACUGGCUGUGGCAAAUCCAUGGUGCUGGAAGCCAUGUGUGCAGUGGCUGAGGAACGUAGCCAAGGACAUGUCCAGCUGCUACGCAUUAACAGCGGCGAAGUUUACAGCAAAUUCCUGGGCGAAACGGAACAGAAACUUGGUGCUAUUUUUGAGCGUGCCUACAAUCAUUAUCCGCAGCCAACGUUGCUGCUGAUUGAGGAUGUCCAUAACUUGUGUCCCAAGCAAGAAAGCAGCGAUCUUGUCAAGCGCGUCUCAUUGGCCUUCUUAUCUCUGCUGGAUCAGCUAAGCACUCCCAGCCAGCUAAAGGGAAGCAAAACAUUCGUCCUGGCCACUAGUUCUCAGAUUGAUGCCCUGCAUCCGAGCAUUCGGCGAGCUGGUCGAUUGGACAAUGAAGUGGAGUUGGGUGCACCCAGCUCCCAGGCCAGGAUGGAAAUUCUACGAUGCCUCAUCCAGUCGGUGGAGCAUCAGCUGAGUGAUGAGGAAGUGGAGCAUGUGGCAUCUAUUACCCAUGGCUACGUGGGAGCAGACUUAGCAAAUCUCGUUUACGCUGCCAUGCUGCAGGCGCAACCGAAUCCUCUACAGAUGCCGCACCUACAGGCUGCCUUGACCCGUAUUAAACCAUCGGCGAUGCGUGAAGUUCUCAUCGAGUGUCCCAAUGUGCAGUGGUCCGACAUUGGCGGUCAAUCCGAGCUCCGUUUGGCGAUGCAGCAGGCCAUCGAGUGGCCACUGCUGCAUGCGGAUAAGUUCCAACGCCUGGGUAUCAAGCCACCCAGGGGUAUCCUCAUGUUUGGACCGCCAGGCUGCUCGAAAACCAUGAUUGCCAAGGCCCUGGCCACCGAGAGCAAGCUUAAUUUCCUGUCCAUCAAGGGACCAGAGCUCUUUUCCAUGUGGGUGGGCGAAUCGGAGCGAGCGGUGCGUGAGGUCUUCCGCAAGGCUCGCCAGGUAGCACCCGCCAUAGUUUUCUUCGACGAAAUCGACGCCAUCGGUGGCGAGCGUUCGGAGGGCGAUGGAUCCAGCUCUGGUUCGUCCGUAAAAGAACGCGUCCUCACCCAGCUGCUCACCGAACUGGAUGGCGUGGAGGCCCUGCAAAAUGUCACCAUAGUAGCGGCAACCAAUCGUCCAGAUAUGAUCGACAAGGCGCUGCUUCGUCCAGGCCGAAUUGAUCGAAUUCUGUACGUGGGACUACCACAAUGUGAAGCACGUAGGGAGAUCUUAAAGAUCAAACUGCGUGCCAUGCCGAUAUCAAACGAUGUGGACAUGGAGAAGUUGGUGCAGCUGACGGAGGGAUAUUCCGGAGCAGAAAUACAAGCCGUAUGCCAUGAGGCAGCCCUGAGAGCCCUGGAGCAGAGCUUCGAAGCGGAGGAUGUCAAGUGGACGGACUUCGAGCACGCCUUGAAGGCGGUGCCUCCGCGUACAAGUCCUGAGUUGUUAAAACUCUACGAAGAUUACCUCAAACGGAAGUAGAUUUAGCAACUCAGGGGAACCUAGACUUUAUAACUAUUUUAAGAUUAAUUGUGAUGAAUCCGCAAAAGAAUGACGAUAAGAUUACCGAAAGUAAAUCUGCUUAAUUUGUUUAAACAAAUUACCAUGCUGUUAGCUCUCCAAAAUCUCUUCACUGGAUCAGCCUUCAAAUCAAAGUGCUUAUUGUAAAAUAAAACCGAUUAGAGGUCGACAUGGUGUUUAGACAGUUCUAAAAUUCUAAAAUUUAGUGCCUGCAGAUUAGACUAUAAAGAUAAGAUGGCGAAAGCAGACUUAUCGUUGAUAACUUGAAUGCUCCAUUUUUAACCUCUAAAUUCAAAGAGUAUCAUUCUCUCGAUCGUGAAUAUCAAGAGCAAACGUUGAGCUUUAAACAAAUUUCCAAUUAAUGCGUCACUUAAUUGCCAAUAAACUGAUGUGGAACAACCGAAGAAUCUUGAUUUUUGUUGCUGUGUGAUAAAUUAGCUUACUCGGCAAUUACCGAAAUAAAACUUAUUUAAAAUU